AUGUUGUUCUAUAGAUUCAAUUUGUUUUUACUGAUAAUCCUGCAUUUCUAUGAAGUCCAGGCCAAACGGGCGGUUUUUUCCUUAGCCAUUGAUAGCCUAAACUGUGAAGUCUGUUGCGAUUGGCUGAAACAAUAUCAUUGUCAGGUGAACAAUGUGAUUAACAGCACCUUUGCCUUUGAUUUCCUGGUGGCGCUUAAUCGUGAAAUGCCCUGGAAUACCGAAGUAAACAUCCUCUUCGAUGUACGACCCGUUGGCGGAGCUAAGGUGGUGAGAUUUCUCAAUUUAAAGUUAAAAGUUUGUGAUGCCCUGGCCAAUAUGAAAACAAAUCCUUUGGUAAUGGUAUUCCAACGGAAAUUGAUACUACACAGUAAUCUGCCAAUGGCGUGCCCUAUAAUGGAGAAUGUCCUGUACAACAUAUCCCAGCUGACAAUCAACGAGGAGAUUAUACCCAGCUAUGCACCCAACAUGGAUUUCAAUGUAACUCUGGCAUUUUAUCAACGGCAGAUAUAUUUGGGACGUGUAUUUUGCCAGGGUUCAAUUAAACGAGGGGCCUAA